AUGGCAAGCAAAGAAGCUCUAAUGCCUUUAUCGGAAGAAGAAUUGACCAAACUUGCCAAUUUGGCCAUCGAGGCCAAAGCAAGCGCCUACUGUCCAUAUUCCAACUUCCGCGUCGGAGCAUGUGUCCUCCUCUCCACAGGCACAUAUCAUACAGGAUCCAAUGUCGAAGUCGCCAGCACUCCGGUGGGCAUAUGCGCUGAACGAUGUGCAAUCGCACCGAUUGUGGCGUCGAUGAAGAGACCGGCGAUGCCCACCAUUCGCGCUAUCGCAGUGAGCACCGAUAUCACGCCGCCCGCCAGCCCUUGCGGGAUGUGCAGGCAAUUCAUCAACGAGUUUGCGACCACGAAGGAUCUACCGAUUUUCAUGUAUGGCAAGGACGGGCUGGAUGGGGAAGCGGUCAAGAUGACGAUCGGGGAGCUAUUGCCCAUGAGCUUUGGGCCGAAUGAUAUAGAGAGGAAUCGCUAA